AUGAAGUACUCCCAGGCCGUGUCUAUCCUCUCCGCCCUCGCCGGGCUCACCUCCGCCGCCCCGGCGGCCGAGACCCGCCAGUUCAAGGCCGUUAUCACCUUCACUGGCGCUGCAGCCUCUUACACCCUGAACGUCCCCACGGAUGCUACCCUGUUCCAGACAAACAACAACCUCGCCAUCGACACCAUCAGCUCCCAGGGCGGAGCGACCUGCACGUUCUUCGGUGUGGAUGGCGCCAGCGUCACCAUUGUCGGCGCCCACAGCGCUACUGUCGCGCCGCCGCAGGCUAUUCAGAGCGGCAGCUGCCUGGCUCUUUAG